AUGGAUGGCGAAAAGGAAAAAGCCGAUGACACCGCUGCCGAGUCUGCACUAUUCGCCGCCGGGGACUGGGCGGAGUUGACCCAGGAGUGUCUCCUCAACGUGCUAUACCGCCUCUCCCUGGAGGACCGAUGGCGUGGCGCCAUGCGCGUCUGCAAGGCGUGGCGUCAGGCCUGCGAGGAUCCGUAUCUCAACUCGGUGCUCGACCUCGAGUCUCACUUCGACUCGGCUUCCGAGUUGCCUCGCUUCUGGACCGCUGAAUUCGAGCGCAGGGUCGAUAAUACGAUCAGAUCCGUCGCCGUCUGGGGCGCGGGCAGUCUCACCGACAUCCGCGUUAGGCACUGCUCCGAUCAAUCGCUGUCGCUGGUCGCUGAAAGGUGCCCAAAUCUUCAAGUUCUUUCCAUCAAGAACAGCCCUCACGUCACAGAUGCAGUUAUGACCAAAAUAGCUUCCGGAUGCCCCAAGCUUAGGGAACUCGACAUCAGCUACUCAUACGAAAUAUCCCACAAAUCUAUAGCUCUCAUAGGAUCUCACUGCCGUGAUCUGACAAUACUAAAGCGUAAUCUAAUGAACUGGGUGGACCCUUCAGAACAUAUGAGAAUUGUACCUACUGAGUAUCUUAAUGCCUGUCCUCAAGAUGGAGAUUCUGAAGCUGCUGCCAUUGCAAAGUAUAUGCCUAAUCUUGUACGUCUUGAGCUUCGCUUUUUAAAGUUGACUGCAAAAGGCCUCACUUUGAUCUCAGAAAGGUGUCAGAAUCUGGAGUACAUUGAUCUAUCUGGAUGUGUUAAUCUAGCCAGUCGGGAUAUUACGAAUGCAAUUUCAAAUUUGAAGAAUCUGAAAGAUAUCAAGAAGCCCAACUUUUACUUCCCGAGAUCGGGUUUUAAUGCCGAGAGAUAUGGUCACUGGAGAUUGUACGAUGAGAGGUUCCAGACAGACGUGUUUAGGAUUUGA